AUGAAUGGCAAAGAGGAGAACUUCAAGUCUCCUGCGCGGUAUGCGGCGCACUUAUCUGAGUUCUAUCCUUUGGUGAACGGCGAAAGCCAUGGCCAGAUGAGCAACAAGGAAGACAUGCAUACGCCAGACCGCCGGAGUUAUCUAGAGGAACCUAUCACACCUCGAUCUCAGAUGCAUACGAGGAGAACGUCAAGUGUGGCAUCAGGAGUGAGCUCUAUUAGCGAUAUCCAAAGCUUUGUCACCAAGAGAGACGUUAAGCUUACAUCGGACGCGCUCAAGGAACUUCACGAGACUUCUUACCGAUUUUCCAAGGCUCUAAAUAGUGUAGCCACUGAGGCUAAUGCGAUGGCAAAGAGUCUAGAGAGUAUAGCAAGACUGAAGGGCUGUGGCGAUGAUAUUGCACAAAAUCUUCUGAGCGCUGGCGGGCUCUUCUAUUUAGUGGGCAACCAUGACUUAAUAAUGGCCAAUUACUUAGAUGAGUACCUUGGAGAGAAUUUACUAAAAGACAUAGAUGAAUUUAAAGUAGAUUCGAAGACAUUAGAAAAUAGCUUCAAAGCGAAGAGCAAAUCUGAGACGGUAAAAUUGAGAUUACAAGAGAAACACAACAGGCAGCUAGGGAAGCGUAAAAUAAGGAACCUAUUGGCAUAUAGAGAGAGCUUGCUAAGUCUCCAGAACACUCUCGAUGAUCUCGAGACGUUAAAGCAUAACUACUAUGUCGACUCAUAUGAAUUGGUGGAGUCUACAUGUAGCAAAGUGCUUGGAAAAGUGGCUUCACUAUCCAGGGCUCAAUUAGAAAUAUCAGAAAAUAUUGCCAGAAAAGGAUGGGCUGGAGGUGGCCUUGAUAAUUUGUUACAAGUUAGCGAUGAUCAAUACAACAAGGACACGAUGGAGACCGAAGAAGAGCAAGAUAAUCCGACAGCAGCACAACCAACAUUGACUAAAACACAAUCCGACAAUGGCGGGAGAGCUAGUCUUUCACCCUCUCAGACAGGUCUGCGAUCACCCAUAAAAGCUAUUCAAGAAGGCAGUAUAAAAACAAAUGACCAAAGCUCGCUUUUAAGAGGUGAUGAGAGUCAGGAUCAAGAAGCACAGAAUAGCAUAGACAGAGAAAGCGAGAAUAAUUAUGAUGUUACUGAAAAUUCUUUCUCUUUACCUCCAACUCGUAAGGAUGACUUAGAAGACGCUGGCAGUUCAGAGAACAUUCUUAGUGGUUUAGACAAACUUAAAAUCGAUGAAGAAGAUUAG